CAAUAUAAGCCUUUUGAAUGGACCUCUUAGGAGCCCAAUCUUUCUUGUGGCACAACUACCAACACCUACAUCGACAACAACGGGAAGAAAGCAUUUUUCUGGACUCUCCAGUUUUAUUGCCCAAUUGCAUUUAUUUCUUUUGCGCGUUUUUUUUUUUUUUUGUAAAUUUGCUUUUCUAGUCAAGAGGCCUUUAGGCAAAGAAACAAAAAGACAAUAUGAUCGCUCUGUUUUCCUUGGCAUUGUUUUUCUUUGCAAGCAGUCUACAUGUUGAAGCACAAGAUGAAAGAAUCAAGGUCUACGCCAACAGAGGAGACAAUAUAACUCUGCCCUGCAAACUGGAAGGUCUGUCCAAUUUGUUUGGAAACAGAAUCAAGUGGACAAAGCUUGAGGAUGACUCGACAGAGACCGACGUGUUGAUGUCCAUGGGGUUCCACAAGAGGAGCUAUGGAAAUUUUGAGGACCGUGCUUACCUGUUGGAGGCGGAUAGCAAUGAUGCUACCUUGGUUAUUACAAACCUAGAUCUGAAGGACUAUGGCACAUACAGGUGUGAGAUCAUCAAUGGCCUUAAUGACAAGAUUGCCGAAGUGGACCUUGAAUUGCAAGGGGAAAAUUCACUUUCAUUCACAGGAGUUGUUUUCCCAUACUCCCCUCGUUUGGGGCGGUACAACUUCAACUUCCAAAACGCAGAGGCUGCGUGUCUGGAGCAGGACGCUGUGGUCGCCUCUUUCGAGCAGCUCUAUGAGGAAUGGAGAAGUGGGCUGGAUUGGUGCAAUGCCGGCUGGCUCAAUGACGGAACCGUGCAGUAUCCCAUCACCAAACCCAGAGAGCCCUGUGGAGGCGCAAGGACCUCAGCCGGACUGAGAAACUACGGCAGUAGGGACAAGUCCAACAGCCGCUAUGAUGUGUUCUGCUUCACAGCCAGCCUUAAAGGCCUCUUUUACUACCUGAUCCAGCCCAGGAAGCUGGACUAUGAGGAGGCUGUCAAUGCAUGCGAGAGAGAUGGAGCUGAGAUUGCAAAGGUGGGCCAUAUGUAUGCUGCCUGGAAGCUGCAUGGAUACGACCGCUGUGAUGCCGGUUGGCUGGCCGACGGUAGCGUUCGUUACCCUAUCUCCAGGCCCAGGAAGAACUGCAGCCCCACGGAGGCUGCGGUUCGCCUUGUUGGCUUCCCCGACAAAAAGCAGAAGCUGUACGGUGUCUAUUGCUACAAACCUCAACCGUGAAGCGCUUCAUUUCACAUUACCUGUCACCAACCAAAGAGCAGCAAUACAUCGGUGUCCUCCUCCAAACUUAUGAAGGAUUUUUUGCAUGAACUAGCCUUAACUGUGACAAUGGUCACCGUGAUUUUGCCAAGUAAGACAUGUUCCUGGGUCAAUAGUUUGUUGAUCCUGAAACAGCAUUCUUGCCUGAAAAUUUUGUCCUACCCCUAAACCUAACCCUACCCAUGAGUUAUCCCUAAAAUCAGAGGGAAAUCACAGGUGAAUAACACUGAUGUAGACGCACCAAACCCUGGUUGUAAGCCUAAACUUGACAUUAACUGUAAACAUGUCCGUCAAAUCUGAUUGGUUGAUUGGAAUGUUGUUCCAGCACCAACAAAGAUCUUGCUCCAGGAACAUCUUGCAUUAGGUGAAAUCACGUUCAUCCUGUGACAACUAUUAUAGAAAGCAUACUGUAAAGACCGUACUGCAACAUUCACAUUACAAUAUUAUUGUAAACAGUUAUUUUAUCUAUCAUUUACAUUUUAUGUAGAUUUGUACACCAUAUGUAUGAAAAACAAACACAAACUGCAUUCAGAAAGUAUAUUCAGCUGGAAGGAAAGUUGAAGUCACACCAUUUUGAUGAAAAGCCCUUUUAGUAAGUAGUAGGUGUGUGAGUUUGUCAAGAAUCUAAAUUUUGACAUUGCAAUACAAUAUUUAAACAUAACAAAUAGUAUAAACUUGACAGAAAGUUUUUGAAACUUUCCCAAACAGAAAAGCAAAGUAAAUGAGUAAAUGGACCUGACACCUUUUUUUUUUUCCUGAAACACUUUUGUGAUCUUACUCAAAUUAUAAUUUCCUUAAAACUAUAUAGCUAUAUAUUUUUAUUUUCUUUUCUUUUCUUGUGUUGGUGUAUUAUCCAGUGCUAUGAACUGUGACCUUAUUUUAUCUGUUUGAAAUAUCAAAUGAAUGUGUUUGGCCUGUAGUGUUAAGGCUUUAUAUUCAUAAAUAAUUCCAUUGUUUCAUUA